AGAGAGAGAGAGAGAGAGAGAAAACUAAGGGACUCAAUACUGCUUCUCCCUGUUCUUCCACCCCACCCCACCAGUUCCUCCCUUACUCUCCCAAGUGUUCUAGAUACUGCCUUUCUUGUUCUCUCUUUAUUCUUCCAGGAUUUUUAUAGCCCUCUCCCACUUAACCGUCCUCUGGCUCUCUGAGAAAUAAGAGGAAGGAGGAGGGGGCAGGCGGAGGGAUCCACCGUCCCAACACUACCUAUACUUAUUGCUCUCGGCUGUCUCAUUAAAUACCCCUUCUCUACUCCCCAACCCAUCCUUACUUCCUUUCCCGCAGCUUUCUAAGCCUGCUGUCUCCCAUCCCUUCAGCCCCCUGCUCUCCCCUUAAUCAUGUGUCCCUGAGUCCCCUGGAGGGGAUAGGGGGGCCCCAAUGGCCUCCUGCCGUUCAGCCUCUGGAGGCCCCACCGCCCACCUGGGUCAGGGGGUGCACCCCUGCCCCUCCAUUGCCCUCCUCACCCACGAUGGGCAAUACCACGCUGGAAGGCUGUCACGUGGACUCGAGGGUAGACCACCUGUUCCCGCCGUCCCUCUACAUCAUCGUCAUGGGCAUCGGGCUGCCCACCAACUGCCUAGCUCUGUGGGCUGCCUACCGCCAGGUCCGCCAACACAACGAGCUGGGCGUCUACCUAAUGAACCUGAGCAUCGCUGACCUGCUAUACAUUGCCACGCUCCCGCUGUGGGUCGACUACUUUCUGCACCACGAUAACUGGAUCCACGGGCGAGGCUCCUGCAAGCUCUUUGGCUUCGUCUUCUACACUAAUAUCUACAUCAGCAUCGCCUUCCUCUGCUGCAUUUCCGUGGACCGCUACCUGGCCGUGGCUCACCCCCUGCGCUUCGCCCGCCUGCGGCGCGUCAAGACGGCAGUGGCCGUGAGCUCCGUGGUGUGGGCCACGGAGCUGGGCGCCAAUUCGGCCCCGCUCUUCCACGACGAGCUCUUCCGAGACCGCUACAACCACACCUUUUGCUUCGAGAAGUUCCCCAUGGAGGGCUGGGUGGCCUGGAUGAAUCUCUAUCGCAUCUUCAUCGGCUUCCUCUUCCCCUGGUCCCUCAUGCUCUUCUCGUACAGGGGCAUCCUGCGCGCCGUGCGUGGCAGCGUGUCCACCGAGCGCCAGGAGAAGGCCAAGAUCAAGCGGCUGGCUCUCAGCCUCAUCGCCAUUGUCUUGGUCUGCUUCGCGCCCUACCACGUGCUCCUGCUCUCGCGCAGCGCCGUCUACCUGGGCCGCCCCUGGGACUGCGGCUUCGAAGAGAAGGUCUUCGCUGCCUACCACAGCUCGCUGGCCUUUACCAGCCUCAACUGCGUGGCCGACCCCAUCCUCUACUGCUUCGUCAACGAGGGCGCCCGCGGCGACGUGGCCAAGGCCCUUCACAGCCUCCUGCGAUUCCUGGCCAGCGACAAGCCCCAGGAGAUGGCCAACGCCUCCCUGACCCUGGAGACCCCGCUGGCGUCCAAGAGGAACAGUGUGGGCCGCUGUGGCUGGGGAGGGGCCCUGGCCUCCCACUCCCAUUCGCGAGGGGAUGACGUGCAGCUCAAGAUGCUGCCUCCCUCGAAGUGACCCUCCUCUGCCAGCCUCCCCGCUGGACCCCAGCCUCGUCCCACCCCUGUCUCUUAUGUGCAAAUGAGAUGCAAAUGAAUCCAUAAAGAGGGCAUGAGCCAAGAUGGAGAGGGGACAUUCAUUUUGUCCUCUGGGGGGGGGGGGAAGGCUGCAGGCCUAAACUGUGGGGAAGGCAAGGAGGGCUGGAGUUGGAUGGAGAGAGAGGAGAAGGG